AUUAGUUCUCAGAUGGUUGGCCGGAAGGACACCUCAAAAAGAGUUUUUGACACAUGGAUAGAGAUUUUUCAAAAGAGAAAAGUAAAACGAGAAAGGAAGUCAACAAGUGGCUGCAGUAGCAUCUCCAAUGAAUUUGACUUUCUGCACUCCAUGAUUUCUAACCGAUAUCGAACGAUGUUGAUGGAAAAGAUGGAUAUUCUAUGGUCUUGGCACAAUAAAAUAUUACCACAUAUCUCAAGGCAUAUGUUGACAAAAUCUUUUGUAGAAGAUACAAUAUCUUUAUUACUGCAUAUUCUAUCACCCCCAACUCUAAGGUAUAAGAUUUUGAAGAUUGUAAGAGCCUCAAUGGAGUUGUUUUGUGGUGGUUCUCUUCCUCUACUGAGAAAGUACCCCAUGUUAAGCUUGAAUGACUGCAGUGACUAUAGAUGUUUUGAGGGCAGAAGAUGGAAACCAAGAGCAUACACACCAAUUGAAGAGAAUGAGAUUCAGAUUAAGAGCGAGUCUGCUUCAGCGGUAGAUGACGGCGAGCAUCAAAUCGAUGGCAGCGAACAGUGUGAGAUGGCGUCGAGCAGCGUGUGACGGCGGCGAGCGACGACGAUGGUGUGACGUGUCUCUCUUCAACUCUCUUAGUCAUUCUCAAUCUCUGAACCAGGUGUGUAUCACAACGUCUUGGGCUUUAACAAAUAUAUGUGACUCUCUCCAUCAUUGUAUUGAUGCUGUUACCUCCAAAAGGUGUUCUGUGGAUUUGAAGGUGGCGUGGCCUCCCAUUUAAUUGUACUCUUAAUUGAGUGUUCCUUGCAACUGACAAAAGACAGUGGCAAGGUAAGCACGUUAAGUUGCCAUUUUUUUCUCUCUUCACAUUCAGGUAUAAUGCUUUGCCACCACAAACCAAAAUCGUUUAUGAAGUACAAUUUGGUUUUACUAUUUCUCUCUCUAGCAUGCAUCUGAAUGAAUUCCAUAUAGCGGUCUUCUUUUAGAUUUUUAACUUUAAAUGUUGUCUCUAAUGGUGGUUCAGAUGGUUGAAAAAAAAUAUCUAUUUUUAUCUUUUUUAUUGAAAUUAUCUAUUCAAGCUAUUGUAGAAAGGGGAGUUGCGGAGUGUUGACGCCAAAAAUUACCAAACGACGUCAGAUUAGCACGAAACUUGGCACACACGACCGCCUAAGCACGAGAGACUUGUGGGAGAAGACGAGACUCAAAUCGGGUUUCCGGUUUGGGAGUUAGAGCCGAAUUUCGAUCUGGGCAAAAUUAUUUACUUAUCUUUGUAAUGUUGUAGGUCAUAUUACUCGUCUGAAUAUCACAUAUGAAUUGAUACUUUGUUGGAAUAAUGAGAGUGGGUAGAAAUACAAAAUUAGAAAUGGAAUGAGUUCAGCAAAAAGGAAGGCUUGUUCGAUAUGGAUUUUUGAUGUCAGCUAGUUCAAUUCAUCAAUUUUUGCUGCAAGUGGUGUCUUGAUAUGAUUGGAUGGCAAGUGGUGUGUUGGUAUAUGACUGGAUAGCAAGUGGUGUCUUGAUAUGAACCACAUUAUGUGGACAACAAACAUGAGUUAGUAGAUUGUCCACAAAUGUUGAGCUCAAAACUUGUAUUCUUAGUAGUGAACAAACAAUAUUGAAUUUUAUAUGUUAAAUUGAGUGAGUUUGAGGCUUGGGAUCAGUUUGAGGGAGUAUUUGAAUUCAAUAGCAUUAAUAAUAAAUUGUGAUUAGUUUGGUUUGGCUUA